ACAAAGCUUUAAAACCCACGACGCUGGUUCUAAGUGAAAAUGCAUCACCGCCAAAAUGACCGGAUAUUAUAGAAAAGUACAAUUAGGCCUCAAAGUAUCACUAUUAAGUUCACUUUGAAAUCAUGAGGGCUGUGUUAUGAUAUGAUUUAUCUUUUAAAAAAUAGCUUCCCCCGCGUCUUUUGUGCCUUAACAAUCAAAGAUCGUCUUUUUAAAAACAGGUUAAGAUCUCACAGAAACCUACGUUUCCCCCUUUGCUUUGUCUUCAGGCCCCGCGUGUUAUAGGUGGACAGGAGGCCGUUUUUGUGGACACAAAGCCGCCAUUCACCAGCUUCUCUUUGUCCCUCUGUGAUACGUGAGCCAAUCUGAUCCUGUAAAUCACUCUAGCUUUCCCUUUUUAAAAUCAGAUCCCAGGAUGUUUCAGGAUUAAGAGACAAAUAGUGAUAAACUUAAAAAAAAGAAGAAGAAAAAUCCACAGCAAACGCGUCCUCGUGCAGUUGUGACAACAUCUGGAAGAGCCUCUGCACAUCUAAACUUCAACUCCGGCUUCAUGUCCUGACUCAGGGUGUCCUGAAGCUUCUGAUGUGUCUCUCCACCGUCACGGUCCACGGGGUUUGCCUCCACAAGAGGUCGCUACCACCACGACCUGGAACCGAAUCCAAUAACUCGACUCUAACCAGCCUGCAGGCUGAAAUAGAGCCAAACUGCGCAUGCGCAGUGAAUUAGUGAUCGACGAAAGCUGGAUAAGACCCCGAUAUAUUGAAGGUCGCUGAGUUACAGCCUCCUACUCCAGAUGUGAGGCUGCAUCAACCUGCCGCUAGAUGGCACUCGAGCACAAAUUCCUUUCCUUGUGUUGGGCUCCUGUAGAUGUUUUGUUCUGCACAAAUACAAAUUUGAACAUUUUCAUUCACGUUAAAGUAAGACAUUGAAGCCAGUUUGUUAAGAACAAAAAAAUUGUUGAUUUGGACAAAUGAGUCACUUUUAACAAAGUGGUCAUUCUUGACCAGAUCAUUACAGCCUCAAUGAGGAGAACGCGUGUGCGAGGAAGGAAUCAGGGAGGAGGGAGCAUCCAAAGCAAUGAAUGAUCUCAAAAGUCCUUCCUCCCAGCAGCUCCUCAGUCUCAGUUCCCUGCUCUGCAGUCUCACUUCAGGAGCUUUUACUUUCAGGUGUUGGAGAUGUUGCUUAAUGUGAUCAUUCCUUUCUGUUUUCUGGCUCUUCACGGCGCAGCGGAUUUGUGCAACUGGACCGGAAGCGGCUUUGCAUCAGCAGACUCCAGGGUUGUUUUUCAGGUGCGCCUGAGCUGCGCUGAGGGUUCGGUGAAGUGGCUGUACCCGGUUCAGGCUCUCAGGGUGGUCCUCGACCCCAAAGUGUCCUCUGCAAGGCGCAACAGAAUCUGCAUCAAACCGUUUGCAUCCUCCGGAGGGGUCAGCAUGUUCGUCGAGCGGGCGGGGAAGCUUCAGCUUAUGCAAGAGCAGAGAGCGCGAGCUCGGCGCCAAGUGAUCUGCUUCAGUGCGGAUGGAGCAGAGAGGCCCGCAAUCUACCUCCAGGCCAGUCCGAGGAGCAACGAGCUCUGGGGCAGACACGUGAUCGGUUUUAGAUACGAGCUGAUGGGAAACAGGAGCACUGCGCCUCUCGGAGGGAUGCAAGCCUCAUGUCGACCCUGCAGUGACGCAGAGCUGCUCAUGGCCAUCUGCAACAGUGACUUUGUGAUUCGAGCUCAUAUCAAGAACGUCUCCCAUGACCGACAGAGUCAGACUUCCUCAGUGGAGGUGUCAGCCUCCAGGGUGUAUUGGCAGCGCAGUGGAGUGUUUGAGCAACAACUGGAUCCAUCUGCCUCUCUUCCCUCUCUGUCUUGGCACGGGCACAUUCACACGCUGCUGGAUUGCCACGUGAAGCCUGGGGAUGGAGAGUUUCUCUUCACAGGGUCAGAACACUUUGGAGAAGCUUGGUUGGGUUGUGCCCCACGAUACAAAACUUUCCUCUCCGUCUAUGAAAAAGCCCGGCAGGAGCGUCGAAACUCCUGCGAUUUCCCUCUGGGCUGAGACAUGCCGGUGUCAGCAGCUACAACUCUCCGGAAGAAAGCACUGUAGGAACCUUGUUAUGCUGUCAUUCCAGUGAGGUGGCAUCCAGCGUCACCAGCAGGGGUGACGCCGCAGAAAUGCUGGAGAAAAACACAGAACAGGGGCAAACAGCGGGGCCCCCUGAGCCGAGGCUCUGAGAGGGCCAGCCUUUGUCCUCCAUCGAUGCCCUCAGUCCAGGGAGACCACGGAGGGGUUGGGUUGCCACUUUCUUUUUGUGGCGCUCCCCACUUUAACUGUUGUUCACUUCGCCGCCCCUGUGUGACAGUUGCCCUAUGAACUGCAGCGGGGAGAAAAUAGGAGCCCCUGCCAUUUACGAACACCAGUUUGUGAUUAGAGUUGUACAUAUAAGCUUGUAAAAGUGUGUUUUACUCAAAUAAAUGUCCAAAUCCUCUUG